UCAUGGACGUAAACUAAACAGAAAGUUACCAUGAUAAAAGUUAGGCAUUUCUUUCAAAUUGCAGCAACAACACCCGUUUCCCUUGUAAAUCAACAACCAGUCCCCACAGGGUCUGAGGUUUGAUCAAGUUUACAAGGCAUCGCUCUUUAAACACUUAUUACAGUUACACUCUGACAGAAAGAAUGCGCGAGGCAGUUAGCAUUAGCCGGCUAGCAGCGUGCUGACAGCAGCGAAAGGAGGCGAACAAAAGACUUCUCUGCAAUAGUCCGCUUGUAGUGACACUCGGUCCAUGUAGCAGGGGAGAUUAUCAGCACAAUGCCCGUGUUACUUUUUCUGAUAGACACGUCCGCCUCCAUGAACCAGCGCUCCCAUCUGGGCACUAGCUAUUUGGACAUAGCGAAGGGCGCAGUUGAGACUUUCCUGAAGCUGAGGAGUCGAGAUCCAGCCAGCAGAGGGGACAGAUACAUGUUAGUGAGUUACGAAGAAGCGCCUGCUGGAAUUAAGGCCGGAUGGAAGGACAGUCAUGCCACUUUUAUGACAGAGCUGAGGAACCUUCAAGCAGUUGGAUUGACGACAAUCGGCCAGUCUUUAAGGACCGCUUUUGACUUGCUCAAUCUCAAUAGAUUAGUUUCGGGGAUAGACAACUAUGGACAGGGUAGAAACCCUUUUUUCUUGGAGCCCGCUAUUAUUGUGGCCAUAACUGAUGGGAACAAGCUGACCAGCAGUGCUGGGGUACAAGAUGAGUUACAUUUACCCCUGACAACACCAUUGCCAGGCAGUGAGCUGACCAAAGAGCCGUUCCGAUGGGACCAGCGACUCUUCUCUUUAGUUCUCCGCAUUCCAGGCCACACCUCACCUGACCCAGAACCAAUGGGUGGAGUUCCACUUGACUCCUCCCCUAUUACGCCAAUGUGUGAAGUCACAGGAGGUCGGUCAUACAGUGUGUUUUCUCAAAGAAUGCUAAACCAGUGCCUAGAGUCUCUAGUGCAGAAGAUUCAAAGUGGAGUGGUCAUCAAUUUUGAGAAGACUGGACCUGACCCCACCCCUACCGAAGAUGGUCCAGCAGAGGUGAAGUAUGGACCUCAGCCAUGGCACAGUUCUCAUAAGCUCAUCUAUGUCAGACCCAAUCCUAAAACUGGUGUUCCUGUGGGUCACUGGCCUCUCCCAGAAUCCUUUUGGCCUGACCAGAACUCUCCUACUUUGCCUCCACGUACAGCUCAUCCGCAGGUGAAGUUCACAUGUGUUGAUUCAGAGCCCAUGGUGGUGGAUAAAGUUCCCUUUGACAAGUAUGAGCUGGAGCCUUCGCCGCUUACACAGUACAUACUAGAAAGGAAAUCACCACACACCUGCUGGCAGGUUUUUGUGUGUAACAGUGCUAAAUAUGGAGAACUCGGGCAGCCUUUUGGCUAUCUGAAAGCCAGCACGGCUCUCAACUGUGUCAACUUAUUUGUUAUGCCAUAUAACUAUCCUGUGGUCCUGCCUUUGCUUGAUGACUUAAUUACUGUGCAUAAGUUUAAGCCUCCGGCAAAAUGGCGACAGUCUUUUGAAACUUAUCUUAAGACAAUGCCCCCUUACUACAUCACUGCCCUGAGGAAAGCCCUAAGAAUGAUGGGAGCUCCAAACCUGCUGGCUGAAAACAUGGAGUAUGGCCUCAGCUACAGUGUUGUGUCCUACCUCAAAAAGCUCAGUCAGCAGGCGAAGGUGGAGGCAGACAGAGUUUGUGCAUUAGUGGGAAAAAAGACAGUACCGGAAAACGGGAUUAAACUUCGUUGUAGAAGCUCCGCUAUUUCUCUGGCGCACAGGAAGGAUUUCACACAGCUGCUGCACAGCAUCAUGGGAGACGGGCCAGCUCUGCCUAAUGAGGCUAAUACAAAAGAGUUUGCUGGGUUUCAGCUAGCUGCUCUGAAUUCAGCAUUGAAGCCACAAGGAUUACGUAACCCGUAUGAUAUCCCAAGGGCUCAUCUGUUGGACCAGCUGAGCCGCAUGAGGCGCAACCUUCUGCACACCAAUGUCUGCAUUCUUAAAGGGCAAGAUCAAGAUCAACUUCACAGUGUGCCUAUAGCUCAGAUGGGCAACUAUCAGGACUUCCUGAAGCAUUGCCCCGCCCCUCUGAGAGAGGCAGACCCUGAUCAGCCUAAACGUCUGCACACCUUUGGUAACCCCUUUAAAUUGGACAAAAAGGCAAUGAUGGUGGAUGAAGCAGAUGAAUUUGUUACUGGCACUCAAAGCAAAGGCAAGCGUCCCGGUGAACCAAGCAGCCCUGCAGGGGUAGGGGCCCCUAAACGCAGACGCUGUAUGUCCCCUCUGCUUCGGCUGGGUCGGGCAUACACACCGCCAAAAACACCACCUAGAACUCCAGAUGACGAUCAAAAAGAGGUGACAAACCACAUCGCCAACCACCUCGAGCCAAAUCACAUCUCGGACGGGGAGCCGAGUCCCGUGCCAGAGACUGAGCCGCUCCAGCAGAGGAACCACAUUGAGAUGGAUGAGGUUGAGAACCAGCAUGAGGAAGUGCAGGAGAACGGCCAGUCCAGCGAAAGUGAGCUGUCUCUGGGCAGCGAGGGUGAAGAGGAUUCCCCGCGGCGUUACCCUUCGCCUUGCCAACUGAAGAAGAUCAGGAAUCAAGAGAGCCAAGAGCUUAACUCUGAACUCCGAGUACUCAUCACCAAGGAGAUUAGGAAACCCGGGAGACGUAUGUGUUAUGAGAAAAUCUUCUACCUCCUCAAGCAAAUCCAAGGCAGUUUGGAAACACGACUGAUCUUCCUGCAAAAUAUAAUCAAAGAAGCUGCCAGAUUUAAGAAACGAGUCUUGAUUGAGCAGCUGGAGAACUUCUUAGAAGAGAUUCACUUAAGAGCCAACAGCAUGAAUCAUCUGGAUGGUUUCUGAGCACUCCAUCUGCCCUACUUGAAAUGCUCACGCACAGAUCUGCACUAUUUAUGUAACGUCUUUUUUGGACUUGUGUGUCUUCGGUCCUUCGACAUUGAACCUGGUUUUAUUGAGGAAAUGAUGCAUUGUCGCCAAACCUCAGGGAUGGGUGAAAUGGGACAAGUGGCUCUACAAGACGCACUCAAACACGCACUGCUAUUUCUUUGUCGGUUUUUCUCUUCUUGUGCCAAAGAUGAUCGUUAUUGUUAUCAGAUUCAUCCUUUGCUAAUUUGCUGACUACACCCCUCCUUCCCCAUGGCCUCUCACAUGUCAUUGAUCGCUAUUAUAAACAUGUUUUCAAGCUUUGUAGGAAAUGGUGCUGCCUACUCACUGUUGCAUUCAGUGUCAGACCAGACAGAUUAUUGUUAAAUAAGUUCUUGAGCUGGAUCUCUACUUAAUCUCUGGACUAAAUCAGCAAUAUUCUACACCAAUAAAAACACAUUAUCCAUCAUUUUGUUGCUGUAGGUUGCAUUGUUAUUUAUAACAGUUCAUCUCAGGAAUGCUGUCAUUUUGAAAGAUUUAGCAGGUGCAUGCAUACUUUGUUUUCCUAAUACUUAAAUACUUGAUUUUCUUUAUCUGGGAUUUUUCGUUAUGGCAAAUAUUGUUUCAAAACUUUCAAACUGAGUGUUUUCUGAACGGUAAUGUUGGUUAGGCUGCAUGACCAUCAAGCAGUUGUUUAUUAUUUUCAUGUUAAUCAAUUAAAGAUGACCUCUGCUGAAAUUCUGAAUGACAUUUGAGGAAUCUCUAAAAAGACCCGUUUAUAAUUUAGUAAUGAAUUUUGCUUACAGAAGUUAUUAUAGUAGGAAGAAUAUAAAAAAACAUUGAUACAGAUAUAAGUGAGAAUGUCAAAAUCUUUUUUGAUCCUCACAAAAUGGGAAACAUUGUUCAAACCUUAAGCCACUUGUUCAUUUAUGUGGAAGGCGGUUGCUGCUAAUGUAUUUUUACAUUACUGCCUUACAUUCAGUUUCUCGUAUGUUAUGUAUUUGUGUUUAUUUUUCUGUUUCUCUUUCUAACCCUGCACCCUAAUGUAGGGACCAAACCUUUGCCAUCUGUGUUACCGAUAAAGAUGAUGGCUUAUUUAAAAAAAUUUUAAAUUUCUGUAUAUAUGUACAUGGUUACAUUUGAAAAUAGUAUUUAAGAGAAUCUUUUGGUGCAAAGCCUCCUUUUUGUAUGUAUCUAAAUAAAGUUUUACACUGUAAAUAGUCAUGUAAAUAAAAUACAUUUUUCUGUCA